AUGAGACCAGACGAGCAUAAAGUCAAAGAUUCGCAUCGAUACCAGCAAAAGAAAAAACUUGCAGGCGACUCCUCUGCUGCCGAAAUAGCCUUAGCUCGCCGCAAAAAGAACGCAGCUGCACGCGAUCGAGGUAUGGGUGUCGCUGCCAUUCGCCGACGCAAUGGGGAAUUUGUAGAAGAAACAGAAGAAGAAAAAGCCGAACGAAGAUAUCAGCAAGCAAAAUAUUCAAAGCGUACCAUGUUGUCCACCAAUGCAGAUCGAUAUACAGAAGUCGACGAAUUAGAAGAAAUGAAGCGUGAUGCUGAGAUGGGCAUUGAUCGAGAAACAACAGACUUGGUGUCCAUGUUGCAAGACAGUAGCGCCGCAGAGUUAGAAAAUACAAGUUCAACGAUGUUCAAGUUUAAAGAUGAAAAGCUACUUGACGACAAUAUGACGCUUUCAAAGCAGAGAAACACAAUGUUUGAAUUGGAUUUCGACACUUUUAAUACAGCCCUCAAUGAUUUUGAUGCUGCAGCACUUUUAGGAUUGAACCAUGAUGCAUCCGAUAAUGAAUUGCUCGAUAAUGCGUUGAACGAGCAUCCAAUUGUGGUUGAUAAACCAAUCGUGCCGCCUUUCUCCACAAACGCAAAAGGCUACAUCAUGUUCAAAUCGCAACAAUAUCAACAACCACCGACGUCAAACUAUAGAGUAUCUGAAAAGGAUGGUAUUUAUCUACGUAACAAUACAUCAAUGAAUAUCAGUAAUAAGGUGUCUAUGGCGAAUACUCCAGAUACUUCGAUACCCAAUCAGAAAUUAAACCCCAAGGCACAAUUUAGCGAAAGGCAGCAACAGCAAUCUUUUGACGCGAACAAAGAUGAUGACGCGUUAGAUGAUUUACUGGCCUUGGAUCAAACAAAAAUACCCACAACUACCUUAGCAACUGCUGUACCUAAAAGUAAUAGUUUACCGUCUCCCACAAUAUCUUCUGUAGAAAAGCCGACAAAAAAGACUCUACCAAAACCAGGGCAAAUCAAGAAACCACUACAACAAGCGCCAUCUGUAUCUUCCACCGCAGUUUCUCAAGAUGAUGAGGCAUGGCUGGAUGAACUGUUAGGUUAA